UUGUGGGACGAUCGAUAUAAUAAGCCAAGAUUGUUUUUGUUCGGCGAAAAUCGACGAAAAGUAUAUGAAAUUCAUGACAAAUUGUCAGUGCCACUUUUUAAACGAUCAUGUUAUGGAAUGUAUUUGGAAGUGAUGUAUCGAUUGUCUUUAGGAGUUGCUGCUUUAAUAAUAGGUUGUUCUUUAUAUGUUAUGUUGAUUCCGGAAGAAGUGCGUCUGAAGUACAAGCAUCGAUUGAAGCAUUUAAAAAAUGAAGAACAUCCCUAA